CGCGUUCACCUCUUGGGUAUCCAUCUUCCUCCACGUCCUUCUUCCCGCUUGUCUGGUGUAACCUUGGGCGAAAACCGGACGUACAGGACUUGGCUGCAAAAUGUCGCGCACAUCUUACGACAGAUAUCUCACUGUCUUCUCUCCGGAAGGUCGCCUGUAUCAAGUUGAAUACGCCUUCAAGGCGAUCUCCGGGUCCGGCCACACUGCGAUCGCGGUACGGGGCAAGGACACGGCGGUGGUGAUCACACAGAAGAAAGUCCCGGACAAGCUUCUUGACGCGGACACGGUCACCCAUUUGUUCAGCAUCACGCCAACGAUAGGAGCUGUUAUGACAGGACUGAUCGCCGACGCUCGUGCACAAGUGGCCCGAGCGCGGUCUGAAGCGGCUGAUUUCCGAUACAAGUACGGCUACGAGAUAACGCCCGACGCUCUCGCCCGCAGGUUGGCCAACAUCAACCAAGUAUACACGCAGCGUGCUGCCAUGCGACCACUGGGUAUAUCGAUGAUUCUCAUCGGAAACGAUCCCGAAUAUGGACCCCAAUGCUUCAAGCUCGACCCCGCGGGCUACUUCGUCGGCUUCCAUGCCGCGUCGGCCGGACAGAAACAACAAGAGGCGAUGAAUCACCUUGAGAAGAAGUGGAAGAAGCUCGACAAUGGCCGAGGAGCGGACGACGCUGCCGCUGCCGGGAAGACGCUGGGCAAGGCCGACGUGAUCGAGAUCGCGAUCGAGGCCAUGUCGAGCGUCCACGCGACCGAUUACAAGCCCGGAGAGAUUGAAAUUGGCAUAGUCUCAACAGCCGACGAUGAGGGCAAGGGUGCGGGCAAGUGGCGCGUGUUGGACGAGGAUGAGGUCGAGCGCUGGUUACUGGCAUACGCGGAGAAGGACUAGUAAAUCUACGGUGUACUUCGUUCUGUUUCUAUUCAUGACUACGCUCCUCCUAGGAUUUAUUGUGUUUCCAGAUGUCUCGAUCUCGUGCAGAUCCCGAUCAGUCCCUACGGCGAAUCGUCUUCGGGACCAUGAACCAGAAUAUGGCCUGAGCACACAACAGAGCUACCACGGUCGGUUCUACGACCCAUAUCCCCUUCCUCGUACUGAUGAGCCCGAUGAGUAACGGGAAGAACGCCGACCCGCUCUGACCGACGCUACUGAUGAACGCGAACGCCUCUGCGUGCAUGGCACGCGGAAGCAACCGUCCGGCGGUAGUGACAACCGCCGCGUAGAACGUCGAGAUCGCAAGGCCGACAAUAGCGGUGGCCACUGCCGUGGUCGCGAGUAGCGGUACGAGCCAUGCAAUGAGUUCCAUCGCGAGGGCUAGAGCCAAGUACACGAACACGGCGGAGCGUUCUCCGAUGAACAUGUUCAAGGCCGGGAGCAGGAUACGACCAACAGCGAUUCCUAGGUAGAACGAGGAUGUCACCCAAGAAGCGCUCUGGGGACUGCCGUUGCGAACGUCGCGCACAUACGACACGGUCCAACCUCCUCUGCAAAUCCUUGAUUAAGUCACGUCUGGCGAUGUGACGAAGAGAACAACAACUCGCAUCGAAUCCUCAGCUCCAACAUAACACAUCAGGAACAAAGACAGUAUCCAAACUGUGGGAUUGCUAAUCGUCCGCCUCAAGCCUGCCUUCGGAGGCGAAGAUGACUCCAAUUCAGACGGAUCCCGAGGCAGCGCUUGUAACUUGUGAAAGGCCGCGAAGACCAGAGCUAACACGGGGAUGUUCAUGCCGACGUUCGUCAGAUAAAACACAUGAUAUGGAGCCCCUGAUGUUACCAUCGCAGUUGCCACUAAUGGGCUCGCAAAUGCACCAAGACCAAAGAUACCGUGAAGGACGCCGGUAUAUAACAGAGGCUUGCGGAGCAGUGCGAAAUAUGCAUGGAACAGGCCAAGUUGAGUAGAGAACCCGAACCCGACGAUCAGGAACCCGAAGCACAUGAGACCGAAGCUCUUCUGUUGCGAGCCAUUGAUUAUGUUUCCUGCAAGCUGGACGCCGACAGCCACGGCCAGCGAAUGUCCAUAGCCGAGACGCCUGCCAAGGACUCCUGUGGUGAUAGCAGCGCCAACGUAACCAAAGAACGCCGAAAUGAAAAGCAAGGAAGCUUUAGCAUAGCUCAGCCCAUAAGCGCGCUCUAUAUACGGGAGCAGAGCGCCCGUGGAACCUCCAUUCCACCCUGCGAGAAAAAGGGCAGCAAACGCAGCGGCCAGGCGCAACCGACGUAACGAUGCGCUUUCAGGGACCCCACGGUGUUCUUCGCCAGCCUGCAGGGCAGGGUCGUGGUUGGUGGAAGUGGAGGAACUGGCGACACCAGAGUUUAGGUUCGGGGCGGUGCCGUACUGUAUUACUGGAAGAGCGUCCACUCCCGAGGAAUCGCCAACGGCUUCGAUAACUUCCUUCUUCGGUACUUCACCAACAGGAUCAACGAAAUCCGUCGGAACUGCAGGCAAGCCUGCAGGUAUGUCGGCGGCAACGAUGGCUCUCACGUCAAGAACUCGGAAAGGAAUGGCGUCCAUCACCGUACGCGGGGCAAAGGUGCUGGCGGUCUGCCGUGCGGGGGAGGGGGUGAACUACUUGUGUCUGCCUUUACGUCCAGGCUAGGGUCAUAGCGGGCCGCUUGCUCGGAGCCGAAAU